CUAUUAUUAUUGCUUUCAAAAAGGGGAGCAAUUUUCAAAUGUCUCAUUUUCCAUUCAGCCAUCUCCUCUCUCAGAACGGCAGGAUCUAGGAGUACCGGAGUAUCGAUUGAAGCGCUUUGACGACUUUUACAAUAGCCCUUGGAAUAUUCAGAAAUGGGCUCUGUAGGAAAUGGCGAUGUGGAGACUCAACAGGAUGUCCAGACGCCAUCAACUUGGUCUGGACGGUGGACACACGUCUUGAACGCGCUGCACAGUGAAGAGGACACGGAUGGCGAAGCCACGCUGACAUUCCUGCAAGAUGCAUGCAGGGUCCUGGUAGUGGGUGCCGGUGGUCUCGGCUGCGAGCUUCUCAAGUCCUUAGCCCUUCUGGGAUUCGCCAACAUUGACGUAAUCGACAUGGAUACAAUCGACUUAUCUAAUUUGAACAGGCAAUUCCUGUUCCGACGUUCCGAUAUAGGGCGACCUAAGGCCGAGGCAGCUGCUGAGUUCAUUAACAAACGUGUGCCAGGCUGCAAAGUUGUCCCGCACUACUGCAAGAUUCAGGACUUCGACGCCUGCUUCUAUCGCAAGUUUCAUGUCAUUGUCCUGGGCUUGGACUCCGUGCUGGCCCGCCGUUGGAUGAAUGGUAUGCUAGUUAGCAUGUUGGAGUAUGAUCCGAAUGAUGGCUCGCCGCGAGGGGAUACCAUCGUGCCAUUCGUUGACGGCGGUACGGAGGGCUUCCAGGGCAAUGCCCGCGUGGUGCUGCCUGGCCUAACGCCCUGCAUUGAGUGCACCAUAAACCUUUACCCACCGCAAGUCACCUUCCCGCUGUGCACUAUAGCCCAUCAGCCUCGCCUGCCCGAACACUGCGUGGAGUUUGCCAAGGUGCUGCUCUGGCCACAAGAGAAGCCAUUCGGCGACGGCGUAUCGGUGGACGGCGACAAUCCGGAGCACAUCAGCUGGUUGUUUGAGAAGGCGCAAGAACGAGCUGCGGAGUUCAGCAUCAGCGGCGUCAACUAUCGCCUGACGCAAGGCGUCGUUAAGAACAUCGUACCGGCAGUGGCAUCGACAAACGCGGCCAUUGCAGCGGCGUGCGCAUCCGAGGCGUUCAAGGUGGCCUCCAACAUGCAGUUCAUGCAGAACUAUAUGCAGUUCAACGACGGUGAUGGCGUGUACUGCUCUGUAAUGGAGAUGGAGAAGGACGAGGAGUGUCCGUGCUGCAGCACUCGGCCACGCAUGGUUCAUUUCAAGCGCUCUGACACGCUGCAGGUGGUGCUGGACUACUUCUGUAACAAUCUCAGCCUGCAGAUGAAGUCGCCAGGUAUCACUGCAAUGGUAGAGUCGCAGAACAAGACGCUCUACAUGUUUCGGCCAAAGUUCAUUGAGCAGCGCACUCGGCCGAAUCUCCAGCGUACUCUCACAGAUCUCGGCUUAACGGAUGGCCAUCAGCUGGUCGUGGCGGACGAGACCACGCCAAAAAGCCUGCUCUUCAACAUCGUGUACGACUCGGAAUGAGGCCAUCUUCAAGCGGUAUGUACCAAUAUCUGUGAACAGAUGCCAUGAUGUGUGCUGUUUGUGGGGACGUGCCUCGAUCACACAUGAAUGCGACAUGCCACGAACUGCUUGCACGCUCCACCUUGAAACCAAAGUAAAACAUUCCACUGUAAGCUCACGAAACACAUGUUCUCCUUCCUUCCCUUCCGCAAAUCAUGAAUUCGAAUUCGGAAUCCUGUGCCUAAUCUGCACGUAACAUUUUUACUGAAUUUUAACGAUUUUUUCUACACAGGAACAUGAGCUAGGUAUGGGUGUACAAACCGUGCUGCAAUGUACAAAAUUAAAUUAAUACUUAUAAAAAAUCAUCCUGCCUUGAAGCAGAUCAUACAAAGCUUUUCUUCUGUGCUGCUUCCUACUGCAUAGUACAUAAAAGAGAACUGCCCAGCUACUGUACAGGAGACAUUAGGUGAAUAGUUUGUGCCUUUAGCUGGAUGAUAGGAAGCCAUCAUGAUAGUAUUAUUCAUUUUUAGACCAAGUGUUAUGAGUAUGAUUUCUUAUCAAGAUGCAUGUAUAGAAUUAUGGCUGUUAUUCGUUCUACCAAGUUGUUAUCUUGUCGUUUUGUCACGUUGGCUUGAAAAUGUCCAAUAUUGAG